AUGAACAAAAAGUUAGCUGACGAACCUCAGCUUCGGGCACAUGAAGAAAUUUUCUCCUUGAAUAAUGCAUAUUGGGCUUCGAAUUUCUUCUUCAAGUCGCGACAUGCAUCUUUGCCUCAUUUUUCAUUCUGUGAUUAUAAAUAUUCUUGUCGUCGCUUGUUGCCACUUAAUCCAACCCGAUUUUUCCAUAAUGUGGACCAUCGGGUCUUCAUUGCAUUCUUUCAACGAUUUCUGGAGUUCCACUGUCCAUCUUAUUCUGAAGAACCCCUUGAAGCUGGGAAACUAGCGAAACCAUUAAGUGCCACAUUUUAUAUUAUCGAUGUGGCUUCCUGUACCCAUACAUCACUCAAACAUGGUGAAUCUGUAUGGGAAGCAGCAAAAUUUCAUGUCAUGCGAGAUGAAACAGUUUAA